AUGACGGUGGCAAUUGCCUCAACCUCUCUACAACAAUCUCACGCCCGAAUUCGCAAAUUUUCCGAAAGGAAUAACAAAAUGGCAUCCGUCGAAGCCAGUUCAAAUCAAUCCUCGCCCAGGCCCAAACCUGCCUUGACAUUAGACCUCUCGAACCUCCCACCUCUCUCACGACCAAGCCCCCCCAGCAAUACUCUGAUUAUCACCGAAUUACACAAUUUGCUCGUCUUCCAACCCGCAUCUUUGACCUCAAUUCGCGAGAAAAUCAUCUCCAUCGCGCCUCUAAACUCCUUCUCCCCCCUCCCUAGCUUCCGCCGUAUCGUCUGCUCAUUCCUCUCCGUUGACGACGCCGUCAAAGUCCGCCAGGGACUAGAAUCCUCCAAGACCGUGAUUGAUGAAUGUGGUCUUCGCGCUCGAAUCUAUUUCGGGGAACCGACACCCAUCAUUGAGAAUACAGAGGAAGCCAAACGGAAGAAAUUACUUGAAGCGCCACAUUCACAAAAGAUGUUUUUUAUUAGUCCGCCUCCUAGUCCGCCGCAUGGAUGGGUGGUGAGGAAUGAGGAGCCGCCGAAUAAGGAGGUUCAUGCUAGUGAUUUGGCGGAUGCGCUUGCUAAGUUGGGGACACAGCAACAACAACAACAGCAGCAGCAGCAGACGACGUCUGAUAGUGAUCCCCUCUCGCCGGUGUCGGUGGUUUCUUCGGCAGAGAAUAAUCAGAGAGAAACUACACCCGGUGUGACUCGUAGUAAUGGGUCGUGGCCGUCGUCUGCCGGCGGUGCUGGUGGACGCAGUCGAUCGAGUACUUUGAUUUACCACCCGAAUGAUCACGGCGGAUCACCGAAUUUACCCGCUGUUAUGGUGGAGGAUACAUCAAUUGGGGAAGAUGAUGACGCUGAGGAUGAUGAUUUGAUGUUGAUGGGUGGUGGUGGAAAGAUCCUGGCACAUACUGCUAGACCACCUGUUGAAUUGAUGCAUUAA